AUGGGCGUGAUGCGCCCGGAGCUGGUGAUGAAAUCCAUUGUCCCAGUUGUCAUGGCUGGUAUUCUGGGUAUCUAUGGCCUCAUUAUCGCCGUCAUCAUCAGCACAGGAAUUGAUGAAACGACCUACACCCUGUUCAAGGGGUAUGCUCACCUUGGAUCUGGUCUGUCCUGCGGACUUGCUGGCCUGGGUGCUGGCAUGGCCAUCGGCAUUGUUGGGGAUGCAGGCGUGAGGGCUAACGCUCAGCAGCCAAGGCUAUUUGUGGCCAUGAUCCUUAUCCUCAUUUUCGCGGAAGCCCUGGCACUCUAUGGACUGAUUGUGGGUAUUAUUCUUGCCCAGAAGGCCAGCUCUGGCUCCUAG